CUGCGGCCCCUUGGUGCAGAGGACACCAUGGCCACUGCCAACGACAGGGCUGUCCUGCAGACCAUAUUCAACCCCAGCACACCCUUUGGGGACAUCCCCAGGCUGGAUGAGGAGGAGGAUGCCCAGGAGGAAGUGGAAAUCUUCGGGACAGAGGUGCUGGAGCAGGUCCGGGACCUGGAGCUGCAGGGUAUCUCUGCUGCUGAGUCAGGAGAUGUGAGCAGAGCGUUGGAGCGGUUCAGCGAGGCCAUCUGCCUGCUGCCCGAGCGUGCCUCAGGCUACAACAACCGGGCCCAGGCCCUGCGCCUGCAGGGGGAUGUGGCAGGUGCCCUGCAGGACCUGGACACAGCCAUCCGCCUGAGCCAGGGCCGCGGCUGUGCUGCCAGACAGAGCCUGGUGCAGCGGGGCCUGAUCCACCGGCUGCAGGGACACGAGGAGGAGGCACGGUGGGACUUCGAGCGGGCUGCACGCCUGGGCAGUGCCUUUGCCCGGCGCCAGCUGGUACUGCUCAACCCCUAUGCUGCCCUUUGCAACCAGAUGCUCUGUGAGAUGCUGGGGAGGCUGUGCAACCCUGGCAACAUUCAGAGUGAGUGAGGUAUGCCAGACAGUACCGUGUUCCUGGAGUGGCCCAGGUGGGCAGAUCCUAGCCGCUUGAGGAGGACAAUCUCUGGUGCCAGAGAACCUGUUCCCCCUUCCGCUGGCUCUCAGCCAGGGAUGGGAAGUACCAAUAUGCUUCACUUUGUCUGGGCUCUGCUCCACCCCUAAUAAACCUCGUUGUAUCC